AUGUGGGCCCCACCGAGACUUGUGGACCUGGCAGGGCAGAGCCUGCUGAGAGAUGAGGCCUUGGCCAUCGCCGCCCUCGAUGAGCUGCCCGUGGAGCUGUUCCCACCACUCUUCAUGACAGCCUUUGCUAGGAGACACAGCAAGACCCUGAAGGCAAUGGUGCAGGCCUGGCCCUUCGCUUGCCUCCCUCUGGGGGCUCUGAUGAGGGAAUGGCAGCCUCACAAGGAGAUCUUUCAAGCUGCACUCAGUGGGCUUGAUGUCUUGAUUGCUCAGAAGGUUCGCCCCAGGAGGUGGAAGCUGCGAGUGCUAGAUCUACGCAGAAAUGCUCACCAGGAUUUCUGGACCGUAUGGUCUGGAACCAGGGCUGGCAUGUGCUCACUGGUGGCGCCAGAGGCAACCCAGCCCAUGAGUAAGAAGCAGAAAGUGGAAGUUUCAUGCAUGGCGGCAAAGCAACCCUUGGUUCCCUUGCAGGUGCUUGUUGACCUGUACCUCAGGAAAGGUACCCAUGACGAAUUGCUCGCCUACCUCAUUGAGAAAGUCAAGCACAGGAAAGGUUUACUACACCUGUGCUGUACGAAGCUGGAGAUUUUUGCAGUGCCCAUGAAACAUAUUAAGAUGAUCCUGAAAAUGGUGCAGCUGGACUCUGUGCAGCACUUGGACGUGAAUUGUAUCUGGAAACUGUCCACCCUGGGGAAUUUUGCUCCUUACCUGGGCAAGAUGGGAAGUCUGCGCAGACUCUUCCUCUCCCACAGGAACACGUCUUCCUACACAUCCCCAGAGGAGGAGGAGCAGUGUGUUGCCCAGUUGGCCUCUCAGUUCCUGAGUCUGCACCACCUCCAGGAGCUCUGUUUGGACUCUGUCAACUUCCUCAAUGGCCGCCUGGACCAGAUGCUCAGGUGCCUGAAGAGUCCCUUGGAGACCCUCUCCAUAACUAACUCCCUACUUUCAGAAUCAGACCUGAUGCAUCUGUCCCAGUGCCCCAACAUCACUCAGCUGAAGGAACUGAGUCUGAGUGGGGUCAUGCUGACCACUGUGAAUCCUGAGCCCCUCCAACUUCUGCUGGAGAGAGCCUCUGCAACCCUCCAGGAUCUUGAUUUAAAUGAGUGUGGGAUUAUGGACCCCCUAUUCAGUGCCAUUCUGCCUGUCCUGAGCCGCUGCUCCCAGCUCAUGAUCCUCAGGUUCUGCGGGAACCCCAUCUCCAUGGCUGUCUUGGAGAACCUCGUGCGCCACACCGUCGGGAUGAGCAAGCUAACCCAUGUGCUGUAUCCUCCCCCACUGGAGAGUUUUGAUGACGACUAUGGUGUCCUCCACCUGGGGAGACUUGCCCAGUUGCAUGCCAUGCUGAAGUGGAUGCUGCACGAAUUUGGACGGCAGGAUAUGGUCUGGUUCAGUGCCAGCCCUCCUUAGUGUGGCGACAGGAUCUUCUUUGACCCACAGCCCAUCCUGUGCCCCUGUUUCUUGCCUGCUUAGUUGUGCACAUGUAGCAGAAGCUUUAUUCUGGGCACUUGGACACUGAAGCCCCAGAUGUAAAUGCGUUGUGAAGGAAUGUAGAAGCCACACUUUCAAACAACUGCUCAGUAUGAGCAGGAAAAGGAAAGAUUAGGGGUGGUGGCAGAUAUUGACUUUGUGUGCAGAUGGGAUCUUUAGGUAGAUGCAUAUACUAGAGUUAGAAGUAUGAAUCUGAAUGUGUAGAGGGUGAAUUGGGCUUGGGAGUUUCGGUCUUGGGCAUUAUCCCUGCGUGGAUGAUUGUAAAGAAAUGGUCACAAAUAAAGGGAACUUCAUUGUAAACCA